GGUUUUUACCCAAAAGGCGCUGAUUGUGGCAUCGUUCUUGCUGUCAGGUUACGGAACAUUGUUCUUGUUCCUGUUCAGCCACUUUGGAAAGCACUACAAAACUCCAUUCACUGGAUUUUUUGUUGUCACUGACAUCUAUUGGUUGGUGACAAUGUUGCUCCAGGUGUUUUUUAUUAUCAAAGUCUUCUUCGACAAGACUGUUGCAGCAGAGAACAAAGCUGCGAUUAGUGAAAUAGUGGGCCCUCACUUCGCCAUUAACAACGCGCUACAUUUCCUUUGGUGCUACUUCUUCCACAAGGAGAAGUUUGCCUUGGCUGAAUUGGUUCUUAUCAUCAAUUUGCUGAACCUGUUGGCCCUCUACUUCACACAUCGCACUGUUGCCAUCAAGAACGUCAGCGAUUGGCUCACUGUCCACUUCCCAGUCACUGCUCUGCCCCUGUCUUGGACCAUGUAUGCCAUAUUUUGGAAUGGAGCUUGUUUAUUCCAUUCGCACAACAAGUCACUCCUGGCACGUAUUUUGGCAAACGUGUUAGUUUGGGAGUUCCUAGUCGUUCCUCUGGCAAUCUUGGUUUUCUACCAGGACUGGUCCAUUGGUCUGAGUACCAGCUUGCUGAUGUUAGGCCUUGGAUUUGGCCAGCUUUUUACCAAAAUGGUUGCUUUACAAUGGCUGUUUGCCUUCAUUAUUGCAGCCGUCAAUUUUGUGGUUUCGGUGGUGAUCAUGUUCGGAUCUGGUUUGAGCACCGUUAACAGGGAAGAACAAGCUCCAUUGCUGAGCUGAUCUACUUGUUUGUCUCCAUAGGCCGGAUCAUUUUCUCUAUCAUCUCUGUGUGUACAAUUUGUCUAGGUUUGUUGUAAGUGGUCGAUAAGAACUCCAGCAUUGCCGGAUGGGCCACCAGGCUUGCGUAGGUAUCUCUUUUGAUGUUGCUGAUAUACUCAGUUCUCGUUGUAUCCUCAUUUCCCAGUCCGAUAUGUUUGCUUUUGAGCGCUUCAUAAAGCUGCUUC